GCGCGCACGCGGCUGAGGGAGCCCGAGGCGGCGCCCGAGGCUGAGGCGCUCCCGUCACAGCCCCGCCCCGCAUCCCGCAGCGCCCCCUGGCAGCGGGAGGCUGCGGAGCCGGCCGGGGCAGCGGGCGGUCUCGCGGGCCCCGGCGCAGGUGAGCGGCGGAGCCGGCAGCCCGCUCUCGCUCUCGCUCCCGCACUGACGCCUCGUGGCGAGUCGCCGCCGCUCCCUCCGUGUCCUCUCGGCCUCCACCUCCCUCCCCCCCCCCCACCCGCCCAGGCGCUCCGUCCCGUCCCGCGGCGCGGGCAGCGGGGACGCACCGCCACAGCAGAUCCGGACGCGCGCGCCGCGUUUUGUGCUCGUUUCGUUUUGGAAAACGGCGUUUUUUCCACGCGCUGUUUGACGCCGGACUGUGGUUUUUUGUGCGUGGGGGUUUUGGUGCGCGCUGUGGAAGAGGCGCGCCGAGGAGCCCCGCAGGCAGGCACGGGCUGCGCCGAGCGCGGGAUGCGGGCGCCGGCUGCUCCGGGGGCAGGCGGUGCCGCAACCCCGGACUAGCAGGUGCGAACCACCGUGCCCUGUAAGUUCUAUUUUGCUAGCUCUUAUCUUUGAAGAAUGGCUGCCCUGCCCUGUGAAAAUUGUUCCCUUCACUACCACUACAGCCGAGUCAACCCGCCUCUUGAAGCUAGCUGUAUGCUGCUCCUGAUUAUGCUUGGAAAAGUCUCCCUCGAUCUCUUCAUGCUGCGAGUUAGAAGACAGAAUAUAAGAGAGAGUUUUAUGGGAUAUUUCUGCAUUUCGCUGGCUCUCAUAGACUUCACGCUUCUGAUGAAUAUAGCAUUCAUUUCCUAUUUUAAGGACUUUGCACUUUGGGGUUUUAGAUUUACUAAGUAUCACAUUUGUUUGUUCACACAGAUAAUUUCUUUUACCUAUGGUGUCUUGUAUUACCCAAUUUAUCUUGUGGCUGGUCUAGAUUAUUACAUGACUAUAAAUCAAGCCUCUCAGCCUCCCAACGUAAGUCAAAGGUUAUUUUAUAUACUUGCUGUAGUUUUUAUAUGGAUUUCAGGAUUUUUUUAUAUUCUUCAAGUUCCAACUAUUUAUGCAGAAUUCAGAACACAAAACAACUUUUUUGUCUACCAGUGUCCUUUAUAUAGCAGUGAUCAGAGUUACUGGAUAUCGUUAGCCAUGCUGUUUGUCAUAUGCAUGGUUUUUGUGACUUGGUGGUCAGAAGUUAUAGCUAUGGUGCAAUCAGUCAGGAUGAUUUCUUUUAAAAAUAAGGCUGUUCUGCUUUUUUCAUAUAUGUCUGAUUACAAUCACACUGGUUGCAAGAAACAACUGUUGACAAGACUUCUCAUCUGCUUUCUUGGUACUUGGGCACCUUUUGUCCUCCUUCAAGUGAUCAUCUUGUUGCUUGGGGCUCAGAUUCCAGCUUACAUGGAAAUGAAUGUUCCUUGGUUGUACUUUUUUAACAGUUUUCUUAUUGCAACAACAUACUGGUUUAGGUGUCAUGACAUUAAGCUGACAGAGAGGACGUGGUCUUUAGAUCCAUUUGUCAGCUGGAAAUUCUGCUUCAUCCCGUUCAACAAUCAAAAUACAGAGCAAGCUGAAAAGCCAGGCACAGUAAUCGUAAUCUGUUAAUGAGCUGCUGUGUGAAAAGAAUGCAAAUAAGUACUGUGGAACAGAGGUGUCUAAUGAUUGUGCUAUUUUGAUGUCUUUUAUGAACCCAUCUUGCUGGAUAAUAUAAGGAUACGUCUCCAGAACUGCAGCCUGUGAAGAAACUGUCACCAAAAUUUGCCAAUGGAUAAUGGAAUAUUGCACUAGAAUAUGGAAUAUUGCACUGUUCUCUAAGCUAAGCUUUACAGAAAGAUGGGGACUUUAAUGCACAGCAAAAGUUUUAAUUAAAUUUAUAAUAUUUAUAAAAAAGAGUUGAAAUUUUGGGUAAAAAUAGCCACUACUUAAAAGCAACAAAACAUGCCUAGUUUUACCAUUAAAUGUUAAUCAGUUUCAGAUUGGUUUCAGACAUAAAAAAUAAAAUUUUCAGUAACCUAAAGACAAUUGUUGUCUUCUGUUACAGAUUUAAACAACUUUAUUAGUUAUUGGUUUGUUCUAGAAAAGCUUAGCAAUUUCCUCUUUAAAAAACUGAAGUUUCUUUCUCUUCUAAAGAGGGAGAAACGAUUAAAAAUUAAAAGUUAACUUUAUUGUCUCCACCUCACCAAAAAAGUAAAUAUAAUGAGGCAAAUACAAGAAGCAGAAAGCUUCCACACCCAAAUGACCAUUUAAACAUUUUGUAAUCAUUCCCUGGAACUAACUCAGACAUUCAUAACAGGUUGCAAAAGGGUUGCUGGAUGGCUUGUCAUUGUCAGACAGCGGUAACUGGGCUAGAUGGACCUUUGGUCUGAGCUAGUAUGGAAAUUUGUAAGUGUGUUGUAAAUGAAUGAAUGCUAUGGCAGUGCAAUAUAGCCACUAAGCGCAAUUGUUCAGGAAAUGUAUAAACAGCAGAAGUAGGUCAGCACGGCACAGUACAGUACAGAGGUGAGAUGCAAGUUGGAAUGAACUUGGUUGUGUACUGAAAAUAAGAAUGUGAAUUAGUAUGGCUAGUUCACCUGGAAAGCAGGAUCUAUUGGUUUGGUUGGAACACCACACCAGCAGUGUAUCCUUACCCAGCACUGCACUGUCACAUUGACAUCUCCAGAGUUAGUCCCUUCCCCCAGUCUAAAUACUGUAAUCAGACUGAGGGAAACAGAGGAAAAGUGAUUAGCCCAUCAUGUCACAGCAGACUUGUAGAAGAGCUAGAUAUGCAACAUAGGGAACAGAUCCUUAGCCAGCUACUGUAUAAACAAAUGGAGGAGCUUUGACACUAGCUGACCGGUCUCCUGAGGCUGUCUCGUGUCCUGCUUUCUAGGCAGUGCUGCUUCAGUAUACUCAGAAGUGGAGUUGACAUGGGAGGCUGAUUCUCUCUAUCCUUUUCAUGCAAUGUGUGUAUGCAUUUUUUAACUUGGGACAAUCUUCUAAAAAAUGGGCACCAAAGACCUUUAUAAACGCGUUAUUUAUGUAUCCCCCCCCCAUAUGUUCUCAAUUGAUAAGGAAACUGAAAGCAAAUUAGGUGGUGCUAUUAAGAAUAAAAGGUUAUUCCGUG